AUGGUUGAAUCAAAAGUAAAACAAGAUCCCAAGAUCUUGUUGAAAAACCGCGGGAAAAUGGCAGCAUUAAUCCAGGGGGAGAUCAUAAACACAUCCACCCCGAAGACUGAUGAAAAGAAUGGAGAGAGUGGUGGUCGUGGUGGGGAGAGUGGUAAGAGUAGUAGUAGUGCGGAUAGUUUAUUGGGAAUAGUGGAUAAAGAUAUCCAAGACAAGAUUAUUGAUUCGCCUGAAUUUCAUGGAUUGAUAAGAGAUGAAUUAUGUGAUAUUAGACGGAAAUUAAUGGGGAUUAGUGAUGAAGAAUGGGACAAACAAAAAGAACAAGAGAGGUUGAGGUUAGAGAGAUUGAAAAUGGAAGCGAAGUUGAAGAGUUUGAAAGAGAAGGAUUAUAAAAGUAGUUUUAGGAUAAAGAAUUUACUGGGAAGUCAUGGUGGGACUAGUGGGAGUGGCAGUAGCAGUAGUGGUAGUCAUCGAGUGACGAAACCUCCUAGAUUUAAUAUUGGACAUAAGAGUGAAGACUCAUCUCAUACUGGUAAUUCCAGUUCAGAUAAGAAGGAAUCUACUAAAAAGGAUAAAAUACAAUUUAUGAUGUAUUAA